UAAAUACACACACACACACACAUAUAUUAUAUACACCUCGAAUUCUUUUUAUUCAUUAAUUUAUUUAUUUAUUUAGAGCGAUCAUAUAUAUUAGUUACUUGCGGCGCCUCGCCGGAGAAGAAAAAAAAAUGGCAAAGGAGCGGACGUUGGAGGCAACCUCCACGUGGGCGGUGGCCGUCGUUUGCUUCGUCCUCGUCGCUAUAUCAAUCCUCAUCGAACAACUCAUUCAUCAUACCGGAUCGUGGUUGAAGAAGAAGAGAAAGCCAUCCAUGUAUGAAGCACUAGAGAAGAUUAAAGCAGAACUUAUGCUGUUGGGAUUUAUAUCACUACUCCUAACAGUAUUGCAAGAAUCAAUAGCUGAUAUUUGUGUACCAAGAAGUGUUGCACAUUCUUGGCAUCCUUGUAGUAAUUACAAAGAUUCUGAAGUAUAUGAUGAUCCUUGUUUAGCAAAGGGGAAAGUACAAUUUGUAUCACCAUAUGGGAUACACCAACUCCACAUUUUCAUAUUUGUGUUGGCUCUUGCACAUGUGCUCUAUUGUGUUGUAACUUAUGGAUUGGGACUACUAAGGAUGAGGAAAUGGAAAUCAUGGGAGGAUGAAACUAAGACAAUUCAAUAUCAGUUCUAUAAUGACCCCGAAAGAUUUAGAUUUGCGAGGGACACGUCAUUCGGACGUAGGCAUUUGCAUUUCUGGAGCCGUUCACCUGUUCUUCUCUGGAUAGUGUGUUUCUUCAGGCAAUUCUUCACAUCAAUUGCAAAAGUGGACUACUUAACCCUUAGACAUGGUUUUAUUAUGGAACAUUUAACACCUCAAAGCCAAGAAUCAUUCAAUUUCCAAAAGUAUAUAAACAGAUCACUCGAAGAAGAUUUCAAAGUCAUCGUCGGAAUAAGCCCUGUAAUAUGGUUGUGUGCUGUUACAUUUCUCCUCACCAACACGAACGGGUGGCAAUCGCACUUUUGGCUACCGUUUAUCCCGUUAAUUAUAAUUCUUUUGGUAGGAGCAAAGUUACAAGUAAUAAUAACGAAAAUGGGAAUAAGAAUUCUCGAGGGCGGAGAUGUAAUAAAGGGCACUCCGGUGGUUCAACCGGGCGAUGACCUGUUCUGGUUCAAUAGUCCACGUUUGCUCCUUUUCUUGAUUCACUUUGUUCUUUUCGGGAAUGCAUUUCAACUUGCCUUCUUUGCUUGGAGUUAUUAUGAAUUUGGAUAUCCCUCUUGCUACCAUCAGACUCUUGAAGAUGUGAUCAUUAGGAUUGCAAUGGGUGUGGUUAUACAGUUUCUUUGCAGCUAUAUGACGCUCCCUCUCUAUGCUUUGGUCACUCAGAUGGGCUCAAAGAUGAAGCCAGUCAUAUUCAGUGAGCAGGUGGCAUCAGCUUUGCGAGGGUGGCACCAUGCCGCCAAGAAGAACGUUAAAGAAGGGCGGCAAUCAGCCAACACCACCCCGUUUUCCAGUCGGCCCACCUCCCCAUUACACGGAAGCACAUCACCGCUUUAUCUCUUGCAAGGUUAUCAACCAUCUUCAUCGUCUCCCAAACGACUAUUAAACUCCACCAAUGAACUCACGACCACCACUGGCGGUGGUGGUGGUGAGACGUCACCCUCAGCCUCGCCACGUCAUCACCAAGACGUGGAUGAUUUUAACGUGAACGGCAAUACUUAUUCGGGUGAGAUAGUGAUGGAUGUUGAAGAUUCUCCACAGCAUGCAGUUAAUAUUAGUUUGAGUGAUUUCUCUUUCAGACAAAAGGGGAGUGGAGGAGCCAACUCAAACUGA